UUUGGUAUGAUCUUUCCAGUACAAUCUUAGGGUUGCGGAUAGAUAUGGGGUCUCCAGCUAUUUUCUUUUCCUUCCACUCGUUGUGCUACAGCAAUUUGUAAGGUACACUAUGAAAUUUGGAGGAAAUCUGGAAAAUAUCUAUGUGUAGCAGAGAAUGGCGGGAUUUAGAGGUUAACAAAAACAGUGUAUGGUUUCGGAUUCUCUAUUUAAUGGAGUCCUCCACAUCGAUAAAUGGCAACUUGUUUUAUAGAGAGAGAACGGAGACUGUUAAAGCGAGAGUGUGGCAUAAAGUAAUCUCCUUUUACAGUAGUCGUUAUCCUUCCAAUUUAGAUAAGUCGUUCGUAAUGGGCCAGUUAGUUAAACUGGUUGUUGGUGUGUGGGAACAAGUUGGAAUUCGUGGUUGGCUGUUCCUGGAAGAUCCGACGGAGCGAAGAUACGACGUCAUGGUUCACGAGAACCAGACUUACGCAUCUCUGAUGGAUCUUGUGCGAACACGAUACAGUGUAGGAACAGACACCGCAGUCUGCCUGGCUUUUGAGUUUCCGGAGUGGAUGAGGAUUCCCGCAGAUGUGGUCUGGCCACCGGUGGAUGUCAGGGGGGAUGGAGAUGUGGAUCUAUUCAUGUCCAUGAGACUUGAAAUCCAAGAUUGAAGCUAAUGGUGACAAUAGGCAACAAUGUAGUUGCUUGUUAUCUUUUCCAGAGGAGGGAUAACUAUACAAUUAUCGGGAGUUCAAGUGGAAACUUAGCUGUUAAUGUGAACCUCUUUCGUGGUAUCUCUGAUGUUAGUCGUCUACCACUGAGAGGUGCGAAUGAUAAUCCUGGUGGUUUAACGGAUGGUGCUGCUUAUUGGGAAAAUAUUCUUGGGCAGGGGGAAGUGACAACUGGUCAGCAGUUCCUCCUAGGCGUGUGCACAGAUGAUGAUGAUACCACAGAACUGAGAAACCCACGGCUAACCCAAGGGAAAUCUCCAUUUGCUGAUGCGCUGGAGACAAGCGAGGGAACAGAAUCAUCAACAGACUCCUCAGCUGCCCCACUGAAUGCAUUCCCCCAGAUCGCUGGUUCUGUAGUGAUAAGAUUGAAGGAGGGCAUUCAUCAGCCUGUUGCCAAUCCGAGUUUGGCCCUGACAAUAGGUAUGCUAUAAGGAAAACAAUAGCUACUACGUCUAUAUGUUAGCAGUUGUGUUAUAUAGGUUAACCCGUAUGUUAUUAAAAUUUCUGCUACCUUGUCAAUUGGAACGCAAAAAAGCCCUCCGUCUAUACUUGAUUACAUUACCAAGGGUAAAGGAAAAGUGUCGGAGGUGGGUGUUGUUGAUAGGACACAAGUGAGUGCUUCCGGUGGUUCGCUCUCUCCUAAUAGGAACCCAAACUUUGCAGAUCCAUUACCCUAUGAUGACUCCGCUGAUGAAGGAAAUCAACAUUUGUUUGUCGGGCAAGUCUUCAUGGAUCGAACUGCUUUCAGGACACACAUGUCGCUGUAUGCUUUGGCAAAAAAGUUCCACUUUGUCUGUCGUCGAUCAGAACCUGGGAAAAUGGUGCUAGCGUGUAAGGGCACCAACUGCAAGUGGAGAGUGUACGCAAGUAAGCUGGCCGGGUGUCCAACGUUCCAGAUUAAGCGUGUUGAUGAGGAGCAUAACUGUACUGUAGACGAGCGAGGUGACUUCAAGAGGCAUGCGACAUCUAAUCUGAUUGGUGAGAUGGUCCGGAACAAGUAUGCUGGUGUUGGCGCUGGUCCUAAGCCAGGAACCCUUAGGGAGUUCAUGCGCACUGAUCACCAUGUUCCCGUAACAUACUGGAAGGCUUGGAAAUCUAGGGAAGUUGCAAUUGAGAAAGGUUUGGGUAACACUAAGGACGCCUACAAGAUGCUUCCUUCUUAUCUGGAGCAGUUGGCUCUCGCUAACCCUGGUUCUGUGGUGGCUAUAGAAACAACACGUGAUGCUGGAGACGUCCAACGUUUCAAAUAUGUCUUCAUCUCGCUUGCUGCUUCUGUUAAGGGUUAUAUGUACAUGAGAAAGGUGAUUGUGGUAGACGGCACCCACCUUAAAGGGAAGUAUGAUGGCUGCUUACUCACUGCUAGUGCGCAAGACGGAAAUUAUCAAAUUUUCCCUAUUGCCUUUGCUGUGGUUGAUGGAGAAAACGACAGCUCCUAGACUUGGUUCUUCCAAAAGCUUUUGGAUGUCGUGGAGGAUGGGUAUCAUCUGGUCUUCGUCUCCGACAGGCACAAGUCCAUCUACGCUGCUCUUCUGAAGAUGUACCCUCGAGCCAAGAAUUGUGCUUGUCUUCUCCAUCUGCAGCGCAACAUCGUCACUAUGUUCAAGAAGAAACACCUAGCUUACAUGGUCUCGAAGGCAGCUAGGGUCUACCGUGUCUCUGAUUUCUACAGACACUUCAAUGAGAUAAAGAUGGUCGACAUUAAUUGUGCUGAUUAUCUAGUCAGGGCUGGUUUCAAACAUUGGACUCGGUCCCACUGUCAUGGCUUGCGUUACAAUAUAAUGACCAGUAACGUAGCCGAGUCACUCAAUGCCGCUUUGGCGGAAGCAAGGGGAUAUCCAAUAGUUGCGCUUCUUGAUUACAUUAGGUCUAUGCUGAUGAGGUGGUUCUCAGGAAGACGUGAGGCAUCAGCUGGGUGCGGCGGUGUUGUGACGCCAAAGGUAGAAGAACUGAUAUCCAAGAAUUUCAGUGUUUCGACAGGGUUGCUUGUCCGUCACAUCAAUGGGGGUGAGUUUGAAGUUCGUGGCAUGGACGGACACCCUUUCAUGGUUGACCUUGAUAAGAAGGUUUGUAGCUGCCUAGAGUUUGAUAUGCUCUUGAUCCCAUGUGAGCAUGCUGUCGCUGCUGCGAUGCACUCAAAGCGCAGGAUAGAUGCUCUCGUCAGUGAGAAGUUCACGCGCAACACUCGGGCAGCUGCUUACUCCAUGAGCAUCAGCCCCACCGGAGAUUAUAUGACUCCAGCUGCUGAGGCCGACACUCUUGGUGCGCUGAUACUUGCACCGCCAAAUACAAGACGUCCACCAGGGAGGCCUAAGAAGACAAGGAUCUUCUCGCGUGGUGAAUUUAAAAGUGGUCUCCGUGGGCGUCGCCCAAGAACUUGUAGGAGGUGCGGUGGAACGGAUCACAACCGUGCCACCUGUAAAAGGCCAAUAUGAGAAGGUGUAUGGUUAGGUUAUUUGGGGGCCAAUGGAAUGAAGUCUUUUGGUAAAGGUCUGAUGUGGGGCGACCGAUUUUCUUUGUUUAAUAUCUAGUGUUCCCCAUGAGACUCCCAAAUCGGCAGUACUGUGUAAUAUGUAGUUUGGGAUCUCGAAUAAUGUAUGGCCCCUUUGUGAAAUCAAAAAACUAUGUUAUAUA